AUGGCUCUGCGUGUUUUGGGCUUAAAUCUCUUAAAAAAUAACACAAAUCUGGUGCAGGGCUUAAGCCGCCUAAAUAAUGGCGCUGUGGCAAGUGUUAUGUUCCAGUUGCCAAAUGCCAGCUAUAGUACGGAAGUAACCGUUCAGGCAGCACCCUUGGCCAUUAAAAAGCAAAAAGUUAGCAAGGCCAUGAAGGCGUAUUUGGAACGUGCCCAAGAGCAUGAUGAAUUCAUGAAAACUCAACAUUUGGAAUAUCAAAUUGGUAAACGUCAUUUGGCCAAUAUGAUGGGUGCAGAUCCAGAAACAUUUACCCAGGAGGAUAUUGAUAAUGCCAUUGAGUAUUUGUUCCCAUCGGGUAUUUAUGACAAGAAGGCCCGUCCAGCCAUGAAAAAUCCCGAUGAAGUAUUCCCCGCCCGUAAGGCAGCUGAAUUUGAUGAAACCGGUCGUCCAUUCCACAGCAUGUUCUACACGGGCAAUCCGAAUUUCUUUAAAUUGUUAUAUGACAUUGUUGAGGAACUCAACAAACUAUACGAUUUAGAGGAACGUAUGCUACGUCGUGGUCAAAAGGCCGAUCCCAAUCAAAGAGUGGACCUAACCGGUUUCAAUUGGGUAUCCAAGGACAAUUUAGAAUUACGUUUGGUUGAGAAAAUCUCCGAUAUCGAAUAUAAUAGUUUUAUUGCUUCAAUGGAACGUUUAGUUUCACAUCCAUUUUCGUACAAAUGUAAAGCAUUUAUCGAUGAAUAUACCAAGCCGCUAAUGGAUCAUGCCAGUUCAUUGGAAAUCCCUAAGCCACACAUUGAUGAACAGGGUAGACAAUAUAUUACAACUUAUGAAUGCCUACGUAAAACUGCACGUGCUGAUGUCACAAUUCGCGUUCCCGGCACCGGAAAAAUCACCAUUAAUGGCAAAGAUAUUACCUAUUUUGAAGAUACACAACCACGUGAACAGGUUCUGUUUCCUUUGAUCUUUACCGAUAUGCUGGGUAAAUGUGAUAUCGAAGCCAAUGUUGAAGGUGGUGGCAGUUCGGGCCAAGCGGGUGCCAUACGCUGGGGCAUUGCUAUGUGCUUGCGUAGCUUUGUUGAUCAGGAAACGAUUGAGUCGAUGCGUUUAGCCGGUCUUUUGACACGUGAUUAUCGCAGACGUGAACGUAAGAAGUUUGGUCAAGAAGGUGCCCGCCGCAAAUACACAUGGAAGAAACGUUAAUUGUAUUACAACUUUU